CGGACAUGACUAAAUGACUAAACAACAACAACAACAACAACAACAUUUUGGUUAUAGCAAUAAAGACAAUGACUAGACUGAAUGCCUGCAGAGAAUCUAAACAGGAAUGGUUAUAUUUAUGUAUUCCUAUCCUUGAAACAUCACAGCUUCUUUGAAAACAUUUCCACAAAACUCACCUUCCUUUCAGCUUGUUUAUAAACUAUCCUUCUCCUAUCUAGUGCUCUCCAGAUGGUUUGAACUGCAACUCCCAUCAGCUCCAACUAGGACAGUUGUGCCUCAUGUUGGAUUUCAUGGCUCUAGUAGCCCAAUUUUUGAACUUAUGGGGAGGGUUUUCCCCCCUCCCCCUGCUUUGUGUAGCAUUUUGCUUUAUUAAGAGAUCUGGAGAGUACAAAAGCUUUCUGUAGUUUUGUGACAUUUUGGCCAGUACUGUAAAGGUAUUACUGAAAUAAAGUUUCAGUUAGCUUCAUAUGGACAUAGACUUCUUUUAACUCCUUGUAUAAGGUGCUAAAAUGAUUUCUGUAGCAGCAGCUUCAAUUUCAGAUUCUGAAGUUCUGCUUACUCUGUUAAGCUCCAGGGUGCUCCUUAACACUCUUUCAGCUCUCUCCCCUGGGCCAUCGUUUAUAUACUUGUGAGUUCUCGCACCCUAGUCCCAGUGGACUGCUGCCACAUAACAACACUUAACUUGUUAAGCAGAUUAAGCAAAACUUUUCAAUAAGUAUGGUAUAGUGGCACCUUGAUUCUGAAAUGCCUUAGUACUCAAAGAACUUGGAACCCAACCACUGCAGACCCAGAAGUAAGUGUUUGUGAACUUUUUUCGAAAGCCAAUCGUGCUCCGUUUUGAGUGCCGUUUUGAGUGCCACACUUCUGUUUUGAGUGUUACGCUGAGGUCUUUAGUUUUUGCUAUUUAUUUUGCAUUUUUGUUUUUGCGGCUUUUUUUGUUUUGUUUUUGUGACUGGAACCCAGUUAGCUACUGAUUGAUUGAUUGUAUGACUGCAGUACAUUGUUUAUUGCAGGCAUAGGCAACCUCAGCCCUCCAGAUGUUUUGGGACUACAACUCCCAUGAUCCCUAGCUAACAGGACCAGUGGUCAGGGAUGAUGGGAAUUAUAGUCCAAAACAUCUGGAGGGCCGAGGUGGUCUAUGCCUGAUUUAUUGCUUUCAUUUUAUGGAUCAGUGGUCUUGUUAGAUAGUAAAACUCAUGUUAAAUUUCUGUUUUAGGGGUUGUUUUUAAAAGUCUGGAACGGAUCAAUCCAUUUUGCAUUACAUUCUGUGGGAAAGAGUGCCUUGGUUUUGGAACACUUUGGUUUUGGAACGGACUUCCGGAACGGAUUAAGUUUGAGAACCAAGGUGCCACUGUAUAUGGUUUAGGGGAAGUUUAUGCAUGCAUCUUCUGAAACCUGGACUUUAGAAAUCUAAAAAGAAACUUGUUUGAAUGUUUAAAACUUGUGUGUAAUAAUGUUACAUUGUCUUCACUUUAUAUGCAGGCCUGAAUCCAGGGUAUGAUUCUGCAGAGUACAUUGUGUUCUUAUUGUCUUUUGGUUUUAAUUGGAGGCUAUGUGGUUAGUGCCAUGUAGAACCAUAGACUUUUAAGCAAGGGUUUCUGGGGUCUGGGCUGGCUCAGUCACCCUGGUGACACUAAUCACAGAAUUAAGUAGUAAUGCAUUGGAUAGGAUUUGUGUUUAUAUCUCCUUUGAAGACUCCUGGGAUUACUUUCAAAAGCUGGUCUAAAUUUAGAUCUUGGUUAUAAGUUUAAUAUUGUUCGAUUACGUUUUGUUUUAAAUAAACGGCAAGCUCUAAUUUCAUAUAUUGGAAAAAAUGACCAAGACUUUCUUGUUGGAGGGAAGAAGCAAUUUAGAAGUAUAUUAAGCAGAAAGCCUGUGGUAGAUCAAUAAAUAUUGAAAGCAUUAAUAUAAAUUCACUUUGAUUUACUACUUCAGAUAUGUAUGCAAGAGGGACACGGGUGUGCUGUGGUCUAAACCACUGAACCUCUUGGGCUUAGACCACAGCGCACCCACGUCCCUCUUGCAUACCUGAUAUGGCUUAUCUGAAGUAUACCAGUGCAAGUAGAUAAAUUGCACCCUCUUGCAUACAUGAUAUGGCUUAUCUGAAGCAUACCAGUGCAAGUAGAUAAAUAGGUACCGCUGCGGCAGGAAGGUAUACGACAUUUCCAUACGCUCUGGCUUCUGUCAUGGUGUUCUAUUGCACCAGAAGUGGUUUAGUCAUGCUGCCCACAUGACCCGGAAAGCUGUCUGUGGACAAACGCCUGCUCCCUCGACCUGAAGCAAUAUGAACGUUGCACCCCAUAGUUGCCUUUUACUGGACUUAACUGUCCAGGGGUCCUUUACCUUUGUACCUUAUCAUGUAUGCACCUUAUAAGAUCGACUGAGAUUGAAUUUGGGGUGAGGGUAGAGUUGCUCUUUUACAGUGCAAUAGUAUGCAUGUCUAUUUAAAAGUGAUCCCCAUCGAAAUCAGGGGUAUAGGAUUGCAGCAUAAGUAAGUUGCCAAUCUUGCCGCCUUGGGCAAGGGUCUGUAGACUAUAUCCAGGCACUCUUGGAGGAAACUGAUUUUCUGGAUCCAUUUCAAUCCGGGUUUAGACCCAGUUUUGGCAUAGAAACUGCUUUGGUUGCCCUGUAUAAUGACUUGUGUCAGGAGAGAAUCAGGGGAAAUGUGUCCCUGAUAAUUCUCCUUGAACUCACAGGAGCUUUCAGUACCAUCCUCCUGGAGCACCUGUCCGAGUUGGGGGUGGGUGGCACUGCUUUGUUGUGGUUAGUCUUUUACAGCAGCGUUUCUCAACCGCUGUUCCGCGGCACACUAGUGUGCCGCGAGACGUUGGCUGGUGUGCCGCGACGUGCGGCGACGAGAAGGGCGAUUUGCAUUGUCACGUGCCUGGCGGCCGCCAAUAUACAGCACUGACCUGCCGGAAAGGAAGCCGGCCGGGUCACGAUGCGGGGCGAGCGCAGCUCUCAACAGCCACCACCACGGGAGGGUGGUUUUUAGACAAACUUAAAGAAGCUGGCUGGAUGAGCUCAACCUGAAACUUGCUGAGCAAAGGAUUGUGCUGGCAGAGAAAUCAGCGGCUUGUGAAGCCUUAUUACAGGAGAUUGCAACCAACACAGCAAUUGGCAAGUGUUUCUUACAGUCAUAAUUAUAUAGUCAAUAUAGGGCGGCACAGAGUUAAAUUUUUUGACUUUUUUAAUGGUGGUGUGCCUCGUGAUUUUUUUCAUGGAACAAGUGUGCCUUGGCCCAAAAAAGGUUGAGAAACACUGUUUUACAGAGGCUAAUGCUUGGGGACUGCUCUUCAGGCCUGUGGAGUCUUCAGUGUGGGGUCCCUCAGGGUUCAGUUUCAUCCCUUAUGCUAUUUAACAUCUACAUGAAACCGCCGAGUGGGGUCAUCUGGAGCUUUUGCAGUACGUUGUCAGCAAUAUGCUGAUGACACACAGUUCUGCUUCCAGUCUUGGAAUUAGUCUCUUAUUUUUUUUUCACUUUUAGUUGAGUGGGCAUUUGAAGGGGAAGAUUAAGCUUCCUUCUCACACCUGUCUGCUCUUUUAUUUUAAUUUUUUUUAAAAAAUGCCCACAUGCUUCCAAGGAAAUAUGCAGUUGAAACCAUCACAAUGAUGCAAAUUUCAAAGAACUUAUGGUUGCUUGCAUGUCACCAUUCCGAAAUAUAAGAAAAGAAAUGCAAUGUUGGGCAUCCAUUGAUCUUCGCUCGAUCACUGGCCCCGAUGUUACAGAGUCCUGACUGGCUUCAACUGGAAGUUGGACAUUUAGCGUCACCUAUCCCAUGCUCUGGAAGACUAUUCCAGCAAAGAUUUGGCAGGCAUCUUUGCUUUUAACUUUCAGGCAUCUCUUCAAGACAUUCUUUGUGCCCACAAACCUUUGCAGCUGUUUUUUUUGUGUGUGCGGGGGUGUCUUUCACCAGUCACCUUAAUGAUUAUAUGCGUUUUAAAUUUCAUUUCAUUUUUAAAAAUGGUAUUCUGUGUUUUAGCAGUGUACACCAGCUUGAUAUUUUUUGAUAUGGUAAUAUGGAAAUACUUCUAUAAAUAAAUAUGGGCCACUGAAUUGAUUGCACAGUGUUCAUUGAGAUUUAAUUCCAAUCACACCAUCACUGCAUUAGUGCUUAGGCUGCAGUCUUAUGCAUACUAACUUGGGAUGGGAGUGAAUCCCAUUGAACUAAGAGAGACAGUCUAUGUUGUUUUCUAUAGCCCGAAACAUUAAUAAACUUCAAUAUAUAGUAAUGGUUUUGUGUGUCCCCUGCCCAACCCUGAAUUGUUCUCCUUUCCUUGUUUGGAUCUCAUACCAUAUAUGGAUCUUAUUUGUGCUUGGAUCUUUUAAAAAUGUUUUCCAUGAAAUAGUCAUAGUCAAACUUGCUUUUAUAGAUGAGUUGAUUUCACAGAGCAUUGGGCUCAUCUCUGUGUAGUCUCAGCAAUUUUCACACAGAAUCCAUAUUGCCUUAGCAUUAUUCAAGGGCUUAGUUACCAUAUCCUACAUUUCAAACAUACAAUGGCUUGGAUGAGUUGUAUUUCGUAUUGGUUUGAUGAAGACGAUUGGUAUGAUGGACAGCAAAGAGCAAAUAUGGCACAGGUUAAGCAAGUGGGCUUAUUAGCUGCUGGGUGUCAGCCAUGGAAUAAAGAUGUCUGUGCUGCGAGUGGGGAUAGAUUUGCCUAUUGCGCAACUCUUGCUAUUUAUAUAUACCAGCUGGAUCAUCGGUACAAUGAGUUCAAACUGUGGGCAAUUAUGUCUGAGCACAAGAAGACCAUCACAGCCGUUUCCUGGUGUCCCCAUAACCACGACCUGUUUGCAAGUGCAAGUGCAGAUAAUUUAGUCAUAAUUUGGAAUGUGGCUGAACAAAAAGUUACUGCAAAACUUGAUGGUACGAAAGGAAUUCCUGCAUCUCUUAGUUGGUGCUGGAAUGCAGGUGAUGCGGUUGCUUUUGUCUCCCAAAGAGGACCCUUGUAUAUUUGGACAAUUUCAGGACCGGACAGUGGUGUAACAGUGCAUAAAGACGCUCACAGUUUUUUGUCAGACAUUUGCCUGUUUAGAUGGCAUCCCAAGAAAAAGGGGAAAGUAGUAUUUGGACACACUGAUGGAAGUCUUUCUAUUUUUCAGCCAGGUUCUAAGAGUCAGAAACAUGUUCUAAGGCCAGAAUCUCUUGAAGGUACAGAUGAGGAAGAUCCUGUUACUGCUCUGGAAUGGGACCCGCUCUCUACAGAUUAUCUUCUUGUUGCAAAUCUGCACAAUGGAAUUCGUCUAGUCGAUUCAGAGUCUCUGUCCUGCAUUACAGUCUUUAGUUUUCCUAGUGCAGCAGCAUCUGUGCAGUGCUUAGCAUGGGUUCCUAGUGCUCCUGGAAUGUUUAUCACUGGAGAUUCUCAAGUUGGUGUGCUGCGUGUCUGGAAUGUGUCCCGUACAACACCAAUCGAUAAUUUUAAACUGAAGAAAACAGGUUUCCAUGGUUUACAUGUUCUUAGUUCUCCCCCAAAGAAAAAAUCAUUUUCUUCACAGUCUCCUACCAAAAACCACCACAUGUCAUCUACAAGUGAGGCUGUUCCACCUCCAACUCUAACACAAAACAUCCCUCCUGGGCAUGCUGUCUGCUGCUUUAUGGAUGGUGGAGUGGGACUUUAUGACAUGGGAGCCAAGAAAUGGGAUUUUCUUAGAGAUCUGGGUCACGUCGAAACCAUCUUCGAUUGUAAAUUCAAACCUGACAACCCUGAGCUUCUAGCUACCGCAUCCUUUGACGGAACAAUAAAGGUGUGGGAUAUAAAUACUUUAACUGCUGUCUACACUUCUCCUGGUAAUGAGGGAGUCAUAUACUCCCUUUCAUGGGCUCCAGGAGACUUGAACUGCAUAGCUGGUGGAACUUCCAGAAAUGGUGGCUUCAUCUGGGACGUCACACGGGGCAAAAUGAUAACCCGCUUUAAUGAGCAUGGAAAGAGUGGAAUCUUCUGCAUUGCAUGGAGUCAUAAAGAUUCCAAAAGGAUAGCAACCUGCAGUGGAGAUGGAUUCUGCAUUAUUUGGACCAUUGAUGGCAAAAUUCUCCACAAGUACAAACAUCCAGCUUCAGUUUUUGGCUGUGACUGGAGUCAAAACAACAAAGAUAUGAUAGCCACUGGAUGUGAAGAUAAAAAUGUCCGUGUCUAUUACCUAGCAACUAGCUCUGAUCAGCCACUGAAAGUAUUCAGUGGGCAUACUGCCAAAGUGUUUCAUGUAAGGUGGUCUCCUCUGAGGGAAGGCAUCCUCUGCAGCGGUUCUGAUGAUGGCACUGUUAGAAUAUGGGAUUAUACACAAGAUGCUUGUAUAAAUGUUCUUAGUGGACACACAGCACCAGUACGGGGAUUGCUGUGGAAUACAGAAAUACCUUACUUACUGAUAUCGGGCAGCUGGGAUUAUACAAUUAAAGUGUGGGAUACAAGAGAGGGAACCUGUCUGGACACAGUGUAUGAUCACGGUGCAGAUGUCUAUGGAUUAACAUGCCAUCCUAGUCGUCCCUUCACUAUGGCCUCUUGUUCACGAGAUUCUACUGUGAGACUUUGGUCUUUAACACCUUUAAUAAAUCCACUCCAGAUAAAUAUAUUGGCAGACAGAUCAUGGGAUGAGAUUAUUGGAAACACUGAUCGUGCUGUUGAAGUAGGCGCUUCUCCCUUGCUGUGUGGCAAAGUAUCUAGGGAUAUUAAACAAGAAGUAGACAAAUUGGCUGGUAAUCCCCGAGGGAGAAAACUGAGGUGGUUUUCUGAAUGUUUAUCACCCCCAGGAGGCAGUAAAAACUUAUGGGAUCUUGUUGCUGUAAUAAAAGGCCAAGAUGAUAGCUUGCUUCCACAGAAUUAUUGCAAAGGAAUAAUGCACAUGAAACAUCUGGUUAGAUUUAGAAUGUCCAAAGCCCAAGAACUUACUACUGUGAAGAUGUCUAAGUUUGGAGGAGGAAUUGGUGCACCUAGUAAGGAAGAAAGGCUAAAAGAAGCAGCAGAGAUACAUCUAAGACUUGGGCAAAUUCAGAGAUAUUGUGAACUUAUGGUGGAACUUGGACAGUGGGACAAAGCUCUCUCAGUUGCACCAGGGGUAUCUAUGAAAUACUGGAAGAAAUUAAUGCAAAGGAGAGCUGACCAGUUAAUUCAGGAAGAAAAUGAUGAUGUUAUUCCAUACUGUAUAGCAACUGGCGAUGUGAAGAAACUUGUCACAUUCUUUACUUCAAGAGGACAGCUUAAAGAAGCUCUGCUUGUUGCACAGUCAGCAUGUGAAGGAAAUAUGCAAACAUCCCAGUGUUUAGAAUCAAAUGGAUCAGCAGAUUUUGAAGGAAACGGCAUGGAAGAUUACACUGAACUCCUGCACAAAGUCAGUAAAGAAUUGUCUGAGUGGUAUUUUCAGGAUGGCUGUGCGGUGCUAGCUGCUUGCUGCCAUUUAGCUGUUGAGAACAUUGAGCUUGCCAUGGCAAACCUGAUUCGUGGAAAUGAACUGGAAUUGGCAGUCAGUGUGGGUACCGUCUUGGGAGAAUGUGCAGCACAAGCAACACAAUAUGCACUAGAGUUACUAGCAAGAAAAUGUAUGACUAUAACAACAUGGGAUUUAGCAGCAGAUCUUCUUAUGAUGAUCCCCAAUAAUGAGCUACAGUUAGUAAAGCUUUGUGCUUUCUAUCCUGGAUGCACAGCAGAGAUAAAUGACCUACAUGAAAAGUGCAGCCUACCAGAUGUAGAAGAAUGUAUGCAGUUAGCAGAGACAGCUCAGGAGGAAGGAAAUAUAUUUGAGUCAAUAAAGUAUUAUUUGUUAACUAUAGAACCAGAAAAAGCACUUCCAAUAGGCAUUCAUUAUGUGAAAGAACAAAUCAGUAGUUCAGAUUGGACCUUGGAUUCAGUCUGUCCAUUCCUUGAUCUUCUAAGCUAUAUCCGGACAGAAAAGUUGUUACUUCAUAAAUGUAGUGAAUUUAGAAACGAGUUGUUAAUAUUGUGUGGGUACAUUGGUGCAUUACUGGCUAUUAGAAGACAGUACACUAGCAUUGUGCCGGCACUUUAUGAAUAUACAAGCCAGCUUUUAAAAAGACGGGAGGUGUGUGUACCCCUGAAAAUUGAACAACUCUCUGAGGAACUAGAUGCUUGGAGAGCUUGUACUCAAUCACUAAACAAAUCUGCUGAUGAAUUGCCCCCUACACCCCCAUCUGAAUUGCAACAAGAGAUAUAUGCGACACUGACGUCUCGAAUUAAAGAGGAACCCCUGAAAGUAACAAUUGGACCAGAUUACGUUACAGGCUCUAACCUUCCUAGUCAUUCAGAUGUCCACAUCUCUUGCUUAACAGGAUUAAGGAUACAGGGUCCCGUGUUUUUCCUUGAAGAUGGAAAGUCCACAAUUUCACUCAACGAUGCAUUAAUGUGGGCAAAAGUGAAUCCUUUCUCUCCACUGGGUACAGGAGUACGGCUCAACCCAUUCUAACAAAAGAACAUAAGAUCGCCUCACUUUUACUAAAAACAAACAGCUCAUAUGCUGGUUGCUAUCAUUUUAUAUUUAUUAGCUGGAGGAUUUGAAGUUGAAUCCCACUUGAAGGAUAGUCUUAUGUAAAUUUAAUUUUUAUAUUAAAUUUGAUAAUCCAAAGAGUCAUGUCUAUCAUUGGCAGCCAUGGACUUUUGAGAAUAGAUUAAAAUGUUGUUUCUGUGGACAAACAUGUGGAGCAUGUAGAGAACUAUCUGCACUCUAUUAAGUUGCAAGGAUAGGACAAAUUGAGGCUCAAAAUUUUAAAUGCAUUCACAUGUUAUUUAUGCCAUUUGGAGCAGUAUGGCUGCUUUUAGAACUAGCAGCCUACGAUGGGGAGUAUAUGCUUCCUAUUUUAGGUAAAGUUUGUGUAUUUGUAUCCUUGUGGUGGAAGCUAAGCACACAUCCUACUGAACGCAACAUGUUUGUUUUGCAAGAUCCUCUGAAACAAAUGGAGCUUAUGCAGCUCUUAUAGAGGAUGGAUUGUAUUCUGAUAAUCUAAUAAUUUAUUCAUGCGUAAAUUAAUGGUUGUAUAGUAAACACAGAUUAUUGUUUAGCAAGUAUUUUGGAAUACAGUACUUAGUUUUACACCUCAACUGGCAUGAGAAUCUUUUUUCUUAUAUUUUGUCAACACUUCUCUUUAUUUUAAAUGAGUAAGCAUAUUUCUAAAAAUUAUUUUCAAACAAAAAUUUGUAAGUAAACUACUUAUUGGAAUGUACCAAAAUACAUGAUGUAAAUUUUAAAGUAUUUCAUUCCUUUCAUUGUAGUGAUUGUAAAAAUACUGUAUCCAGAGGUCCAGAUGCCUAAAUAAAUUGGUAUUGUUUCAUAAAAAGGGUUUGUGCUAAUGGUUGUCCUCUCAUUAAAAAACACAAUUAUGGCAAAAAAGAGGAUGAAAAGUUCUACACCACAUGUAAAUUAAGUAUGCAUGUGGGCCAUAAAUAGCCCCAUUGAAUAAAUUUUGUGGAGAGACCACUGUGGAUGUUCCUUCAUAAUACAGUGGACGCUCGGGUUGUGAAUGUGAUCUGUGCAGGAGGCACGUUUGCAACCCGCAGCGCCGCAUCUGCGCAUGCGCAAGUUGCAAUUCAGUGCUUCUGCACAUGUGCAAAGCACAAUUUAGCAUUUCUGCGCAUGUGCACGCCCCGAAACCCAUUCCAGUACUUUUGGGUUUGGUGCGGUGCACAACCAGAAAGCAUGCAACCUGAAGCAUCUGUAACCCGAGGUAUGGCUGUACUAGAGACAAAUCCUGUGUUUGCAACCUCCAUUGUUUUUCUACAAAAUAUUUUGUUUAUGGCCAAAAUAAAUGUUUACUUGAUUUCCAGAUUGUGUUUUACAAUCCUGCUACAGAGAAGGAUCAGGCCAGAUUCCUGGUUCAGAUACUGUGGACAUAGUUAAGUGUGUUCUGUGUGAUUCAGAUGUCUGGAGGUUGUGGCACUGGGAAGGUAGAAAGACAUUUGAUGAGGACAGGAGUUUUAUGAAAAAGGGGCGGAUUUGGGAUGGGAAAGAUUUAAUUUGCUCUGGACCAAAUUGACUAAGAAUAUGAAUUCUUUUGUUAAGGAGUCACAAUGGCUCAGCAGUAGAGCACAUGCUUUGCAUGCAGAAGGUACCAGGCCCAAUCUCCAGUUGGGCUGGGAGAGAUCCUGUCUGAAAUCUGGAGAGCUGCAGCAGCCAGUCAUUGUAGACAAUAUUGAGUCAGGUGGACCAAUGGUCUAACUUUGUAUAAGGCAGCUUCCUGUGUUGAUAAAACAAGAGUCUUAUCUGAAGGCAGGGAGUGAACGAGAGUACUUGAAGUUUUCACUUGUUCAUACCAGGGUCCAAAGAUAGGAAGGGAAAGGUAUACUUUUCUACUAGAGCCCAGGCUGCAAUCCCGGUAUUGUGAGGUGAACAAAGUGAUGAAUAAGAUGUAGGCCAUGCUUGAAGAAAUUUAUGGAACAAUAUUUCCCUCUGUAGAUAUUCUCCAGAUUUUAUGAAAUUUUCUGGAGCCAAUCAAUAACAAUGUCAGAGCAGAACAAGCAGUGAGAUGCUGUCCCAAAGCCCUGCUCUAGAACAGGAGGUAUAUGUAUUUCUGCAGUUAAACUAGAACUUAGAGUGUAAGUAAUAAAAACUUGUGCAUGCUUGUAUGGCAGCAUCAAAAACUAUCAGUCCCAAAGUUUGUCUAGGCAAGGAGGAUGGACAAAACAUCAUAACAGAACUUGAGACCAAUGGAGGCCCGUGUUGGUGGUAGU